AUGUCUGUUUAUGCCAGCGGCGCCGCCCAUAAGGCAAACGGUGGCCCUCAUCACACUAGCAAUGGCAGCAAUGGGGUGAAAAACGGCGCCACCAAUGGCCACAACGGUACAUCGCCGUCACGGGACAGUGCCGUUGGUUUCCCAAUUGCCAUUUGCGGGAUAGGCCUCCGUCUACCUGGUGGCCUUGAGACACCAGACCAGUUAUGGGAGUUUCUCAUGGCCAAGGGAGAUGCAAGAGGCCGUGUCCCCGAGUCCCGCUACAAUGUCUCUGCCUACUACUCCCCCAAUGGGGAAUUAGGAACAGUUGCCACCGAGUAUGGUUACUUCCUUGACGACAAGAUUAGCAUGGGCCAUUUGGAUACAUCUCGGUUCUCCUUAUCCAGGACCGAUCUUGAGGCCACCGACCCUCAGCAUCGCAUCAUGCUUGAGGUGGCUCGAGAGUGUAUCGAUGAUGCCGGUGAAGUCAACUUCAAGGGCCGACCCAUUGGCUGCUACGUGGGAAACUUUGGUGAAGAGUUUCUCGAUCUUCGAAACAAAGACCCAUUGCAAGCAGGCACCAACAAGCCGGAAGGUAUUGGGGAGUUCAUGCUUUCCAACCGCGUGUCAUACGAAAUGGACCUCCGCGGUCCAUGCAUGACAAUCCGAACAGCAUGUUCAUCAGCCCUGGUAGCCCUCAAUGAAGCCCGGGUCGCACUGGAAAAUGGGGAUUGUGAGAGCGCUAUCGUGGGAGGAUCUAGUUUGAUUCUUGGCCCAGCGAAUACUGCCACCAUGUCCCAAUACGGCGUUCUAUCGCCUGAAGGCUCGUCAAAAAGUUUCUCGGCCGAUGCUGAUGGGUACGCGCGGGCUGAAGCCAUCUCUGCCAUUUACAUCAAGCCACUCGAGGCCGCCAUCCGAGAUGGAAACCCCAUUCGUGCUGUUAUCAGGUCCACUGCGACUAACUUUGAUGGCAAAACGGCUGGUGUCGCUCACCCCAGUGCAGACGCUCAAGAAGCUCUGUUGAGGAAGGCAUACAAGGCUGCCGGCAUUACAGACUUCUCCAAGACCGCAGUCAUUGAGUGCCAUGCUACGGGCACACCUGUAGGGGAUCCAAUCGAGACAGAUGCCAUUGCCCGAGUUUUCGGUGACUGGGGCGUCUACCUUGGCUCUGUGAAGCCAAAUCUCGGACACGGAGAAGGUGCAUCAGGACUGACAGCUCUCAUCAAGUCGGUGCUCGCCCUGGAGCACAAGACUAUUCCUCCCAACAUCAAGUUCAACAACCCUAACCCCAACAUCCCAUUCAAGGAGCGUAGACUGGAGGUUCCUGUUGAGCCAACGCCUUGGCCUGAGUCCAAGGCGGAGCGAAUUGGCGUCAGUUCCUUCGGUAUGGGAGGAACCAACGCUCACGUCAUCGUUGACUCUGCCGCCAGCUUCAAUAUCAGUAGUCCAGCUGCGGAAUCCAGGGAAAGCCAUGAGCUUCUGGUCUUGUCCGCCAAUACCGCCGCUUCCCUGAAGACCAUGACUGCGCGCUUCCAAAGCUGGUUUGCCAAGGCCCGCCCCAAUAACAAGGAUCUCGCUUAUACACUUUCUCUUCGACGAGAGCACUUCCUCCAUCGAGCGUUCUUCAUCGCCCAAGGCGACCACCUCAGUGAGGUCUCUCAGACAAGAAAGUCUGCAGCAGUCUCUCCGAACCUGGUCAUGGUGUUCACCGGUCAAGGCGCACAGUGGGCUAAAAUGGGCGCUGAGCUUCUCUCCCGCCUUGACCUACCUUUCAAGAGCUCCAUUCAGUCACUGGACAAAUACCUUCAAGAAUCUCCGAAUCCACCCACUUGGUCGAUUGAGAAGGAGUUGAUGAAGCCUGCGAAAAUUUCCAAGAUUCAAAAGGCUGAGCUUUCGCAGCCCUUGUGCACUGCCAUUCAGAUUGCUUUGGUUGAUCUCUUGGCCUCUGUUGGCAUUGAACCUGCGGCAGUUGUGGGACACAGCAGCGGAGAGAUUGCAGCAGCAUAUGCUUCCGGUGCUCUUACCGCAAGGGAAGCCAUCAUCACCUCGUGGAAGCGUGGUAUGGCUGCCGAGAAACAGACCAGGCCAGGUGCCAUGGCUGCAGUUGGUCUUGGUUGGGAGGAUACAAAGCCAUUACUAUCGGAGAAUGUCGUGAUUGCUUGCGAGAAUUCACCCAAAAGUGUCACAAUCUCUGGCGAUGUCACGGAGGUCAAAGAGACAGUCGUACGUAUUCGUGAGAGCCAUCCAGAUGUUAUUGCUAGGCUUCUCAAGGUUGACAAGGCAUAUCACUCUCACCACAUGCGAGAAAUUGGCAACGAGUAUUGUGCAAUGAUUGAGCAGGAUAUUGUCGGCAAGGCUCCUCAAAAGCCCUUUUUCUCCAGCGUUUUGGGUGAGAGAAUUGAGCAGCCAUUGGGUGCCAAAUACUGGCAGGGCAACCUCGAAUCCCCCGUACUCUUCAAAACUGCUGUUUCCAAGAUCCUGGAACACUUUGAGCACACAGCCUUCUUGGAAAUCGGACCACACUCUGCCCUGGCUGGACCUCUCAGGCAGAUUCUAGGGGAAGUCUCCCGACCCCCUCUCUACGAAUCUGUGAUGACCCGCGGCGCCAACUGUGUUGAGUCUUACCUGAGGGCUCUCGGUGGUUUGUUUGAGUUGAACGUACCUUUCGACUUCGCAAGGCUGACAACUGGCGCAAACACCCUCGCUGGUCUUCCACCCUAUUCUUGGGACCACCAAGUCGAGUACUGGAAGGAGUCACGUAUCUCAAAGGAUUGGAGGCAACGUCAAUACCCGGCUCAUCCCCUGUUGGGUCUCAACCAACUCGAGAGCACCAGCCUGGAGCCAAGCUGGCGCAACAUGUGCCGAGUUAAUGAGAUCCCCUGGGUUAGAGACCACAUGAUCGAGGAGAACAUCAUCUUCCCCGCCGCUGGGUACAUUAGCAUCGUUGCCGAGGCCAUCAGACAAGUCAGCGGCUCUGAAGACGGCUUUGCACUUCGCCAUGUGCUGAUCAAUGCGGCCAUGGUCCUGAAUGAAGAUGAGCCAACGGAGAUUGUUACCACAUUCCGCCCGCACCGGCUUACAGACUCGACUGAUUCGCAAUGGUGGGAGUUCGUCAUUGCCUCCUACAACGGCCACGUCUGGAUGAAGCACUGCAGUGGUCAGGUCACUUCUAAGUUGGGCGAAGCUGAAGCAGUCCAACGGUUCCCGAGUCUUCCACGACCAGUCAAGAACCGUAGCCUUUAUCAGUCCAUGGACGAGAGCGGUCUUCGAUUUGGGCCUACAUUCCAGCGACUGGCCAAUGUCAGGACUGGGACUUUGGAGGGCGUGGCUACAGCUGAUGUUGUGGACCUUGAGAUGGCUGAUGCGAAGUAUUAUGCCAUGCAUCCUACGAUCAUUGACGCUUGUCUUCAAGUAGCCCCAAUCGCAGCCUUCAAGGGACGAGUUCUGGCCAAACACUACCGGAGGGUUCCCACCAAGAUUGAGAGCUUGACCCUGCGCCCAAUCUCUGCCUCUGCCCGUGCUACUGUAUCCGCGUCCGCCACACUCAUCAAGGGCAGCGGCGAGGUCGUGAGUCAAACGCAACAAGUUGUAGUCGGAGACCAGGUGGCUUUGAGCAUUCACGGCAUGAACAUAUCUCCGCUUGAGGAAGCUGAAGUCAUUUCCCACGACAGUCUCCAGAACACAGCCCGGUUUGUCUGGAAGCCUCACCUGGAUUUCCUGGACACUUCGAAGCUCAUCAAGCCCGUCAUCAACUGGAAGCUGCACUACCCCGUCAUACAAGAGCUUGCGCACCUCGGAAUGAUGUGGACUCACCAGAACGUUCACCAUAUGCAGACCGAUAUUCCCCAUCUGAUCAAGUUCAUGGCUUGGUUGAAAGAUCAAAUGGAAGCAAUCCGAGCCGAGGCCGGGCUAGCAUCUAGUUAUUUCGACAAGGGCCAAGACGCAAUCAUGGAACGGAUUGAUGAACUGGUGGAGGACUUCAAGCCUACAGAUGUCGCCGUGAUAGCCAGGGGAAUUAAGCAGCUUGCAGUCAACGUGGAGGCGAUCCUCAAGGGAGAGAAAGACUCGCUCGAGGUUCUGUUAGAAGACGAUCUUCUCAACCAGAUCUAUGCCCCAGCUGAUGCCAGCGAUCGGUCACUGUUCAUCCAAGGUCUCGCCCACACCAAGCCCAACCUACGCAUUCUGGAGAUUGGUGCAGGUACAGGUGCUUCCACGGCCAGCAUGCUCAGCUACUUGGUCCUCCCGGGAUCCAACGCACAGCCAAUGUACUCCAGAUACACAUACACUGACAUCUCGUCCGGUUUCUUCGUCGCCGCCAAAGAACGAUUCAAGAACUACCGCGGCAUGGAGUAUAAGACGCUAGAUAUCAGCAAGGACCCUCUCGAGCAAGGCUUUCAAAGCGAGCAGUAUGAUUUAAUCAUCGCCACCAAUGUCAUUCACGCAACCCACACGAUCGGUGAAUCUUUGGCCAAUGUUCGCAAACUGCUGGCGCCCAACGGUAGAUUCCUGCUCCACGAACUCCAUACGGGCUCCAAGUGGCCCAACUUCAUCUUCGGCAUUGUCCCUGGUUGGUGGCUCGGUGAAGCUGACGGGCGUCCCGAUCAGCCAUAUGUUACCCCCGAGCGUUGGAACACAGAGUUGAAGAACGCUGGAUUCACCGGCGUGGAUCAGGUUGCUCUGGAUGGUGAAUACCCGUAUCAGCUCAACGCCAUUAUGAUUGCACGGCCUGCUGUCGGGUCCGCGGCACCCAAGAAGUCAGUUACCUUGCUUUCUGAGGAGGGUGCAACUCACAGAGGUGCUUUGACUCGCCAGCUCGAAGCCAGAGGGUAUGCGGUUGACCACUGCCAACUGGGUGACGACCUGCCUCCUUCACAAGACAUCAUAUCCUUCCUCGACUGUGACCGUCCCUUCUUCAAGGAAAUCGGCGAGAAUACUCUUGCGCAACUCCAAAAGCUCAUGGCGAGCAUUGGUAACUCAAAGCUCUUCUGGAUCACCCAUGGCUGCCAAGUGAAAUGCACCAACCCUGACUUUGCGCAAGUGAUCGGCAUGGCCAGAGCUGCUCGAGUUGAAACAUUGUCAGACUUCGCCACUUGUGAAGUUGAUGAUAUGGCAACAUCGCUCGAUGUUGUCGUGGAUGUCUUCGUCGAGUACCAGAAGAACCAGGGCGACGAGACUCUUCGCCAAGAUUACGAGUUCGCCAUCGUGGAUGGUACUGUCAUGGUCCCGAGAGCCUAUCCUGUAGUUAUGAAGGACGAGAUGACCACUGGUGCGACAGAGGAAGACCAAAUGGUGCUGGAGGCCACAAAGCCUGGUCGUCUGACUUCUUUGCAAUGGAGCCCACGAGAACGAAGCCAGUUGAGUGCUGGAGACGUUGCGGUUGAGGUGCACGCUGCAGGUCUCAACUUUAAGGAUGUUCUUGGGGCAUUAAAUGUCGUUCCCUACCCUGAUGCUGGCCUAGGAGCCGAAGGAGCAGGUGUUGUACGUAGAGUCGGACCAGAGGUCAAGGAUCUCAAGGUCGGAGACCGCGUUAUGUUUUUGAUGUCGGGAGCAUUCACCACUCAUGCCGUUGUGCCCGACGAGUUCUGUAUGCGCAUCCCUGACAAUCUUUCCUAUGACGACGCCGCGACGAUGCCUGCUGUCUAUGUCACGACUAUUGAGGCGUUGAUAAACGUUGGAAGUCUCUCGAAAGGACAGUCCAUCUUGAUUCAUAGCGCUUGCGGAGGUGUUGGAAUCGCUGCGAUCAACCUUGCCCAGAUGGUAGGGGCAGAGAUCUACGCGACAGUCUCCAACGAAGACAAAGUUAAGUUGUUGACUGACACCUACGGCAUUCCCCGAAACCGGAUCUUCAACUCUCGAGACACUAGUUUCUAUGAGGGUGUGAUGCGUGAAACCAACGGUGUCGGUGUUGAUCUGGCACUCAAUUCCUUGGCCGGCGAGUUGCUCCACACCACAUGGCGUUGCGUCGCAGAGUUUGGCAAGAUGAUUGAGAUUGGCAAGCGCGAUCUUCUCGAGGCUGGACAGCUAGAUAUGGCCGGUUUCCUCGCUGGACGAAGCUAUCACGGCGUGUUUGUUGAUAUGUUGAUCACCAGGCCAUCUCACUGCAAGCGAAUUCUCAAAUCACUUGUUGGAUACUUUGACCAAGGUGUCAUUGGGCCAGUUAAACCAACGACAGUGUAUGACGCAGGGUCGGUUCAAGAGGCCUUCCGAUUCAUGCAGCAAGGCCUGCACAUCGGCAAACUCGUGAUUUCUCUUCGUGGCCCUGACGGUUCGCUCAAUAUAAAUACCGAGCUGGCCACUUCCAUCAGGAAACUAAAGCUUGACGAAUCAGCCUCCUACCUGUUGGCUGGUGGUCUUGGUGGCUUAGGACGCUCAGUUGCUCGAUACCUCGUGGAACACGGCGCUCGCCAUAUUGUGUUCCUUUCGCGCAGUGCCGGUAGCGGGCCUGAUGAUCAAGAGUUUGUCGUUGAGCUUGAAAGUUUGGGGUGCAAAGUUCAAUUGGUAAAGGGAAGCGUCAACAACAAAGACGACGUGGUCCGAGCUGUUUCAGCAUCACAGAACCUCAAAGGUAUCUUGCAAGCCUCGAUGGUGUUGCGGGAUGAGAACUUUGCCCAGAUGAAGAUUGAAGACUGGCGAACAACAAUCCAACCCAAGGUUGAAGGCACGUGGAACUUGCACCAUGCUACGCUCGAAGCCAAAAUUGACCUCGACUUCUUCAUCUGCUUUUCAUCUAUGUCAGGGACCACCGGACUGGCAGGCCAAUCCAACUAUGCAUGCGCCAACACCUUCCUUGACGCAUUUGCUCAGUACAGACAGAGCCUUGGACUUCCUGCCACCUCUAUCGACUUGGGAGCGGUGCGCGACGCUGGAUAUGUCGCCAGAGAUGAGGCCCUGUUGAAGAGAAUGAAGGUCACGGGCUCAAAGGGUGUUACCGAGUUGGAAGUUCUGGAAGCUGUGUCCAUGGGUAUUCUUUCAAAAUCAAUCGUGAAGCCUAAGCCUGCUAAGAACGCUGAGGAGACCGAGUUUGUCGACCAGAGUAACCUUGUGCUUGGUCUUCUCUCUGAGAUACCCCUGAGUAGCCCGGAAAGUCGCGCUCUUUGGAAGAAUGACAGACGCAUGGCCGUGUAUCACAACUCAUCCACUGAUGCCUCAGAUGGAUCCGGAUCUGGCGGUGACAUGCUGAAGGCUUUCCUAUCCACUGCGAAGAAGGAUGCAUCAGUGCUGAAGGCGAAUGAGUCUGUGCAGCUUCUCGCUGUCGAGAUUGGCCGAAAACUGUUUAGUUUCUUACUCAAGUCUGAAGAUGAGCUUGAUACAUCUGUUUCUCUUUCAUCUCUUGGGCUCGAUUCUCUUGUUGGAGUAGAGAUGCGAAGCUGGUGGAGACAGACAUUUGGGUUUGAUAUCACCGUCCUAGAGAUGUUGGGCAUGGGUACACUAGAGGGGCUGGGCAAGCACGCUUCCCAAGGAAUGUUAAAGCUUAUAGAUAGUGAAUCAGGAUAA